ACAAUGACGCAGCCACCGCUUCCUUCAUCCUUGCGUGGUAUCAGCUAUCAAUACCCAUACUAUUAAUAGUAACCCCUCAUCUUCGUUCCUAACCCAUAGCUUGCCUGUCAACUACGUUAGGUAAAGACCCUAUUGCAGAUAAAUAGAGAUAUAUUGAGAGUUGGCUGUUGGAAGACAGAAGAAUGCUUGGAAUCUCCUCCUGCGCUUCUUCAUGGGUAGCCCGUUCGUGUGCGAGGCGGCUUCCAUUGCGAUCCAUUCCAAGGUCUCGGUUGGUGGCUGCCAGUAGUACCGGUACUAGUAGUGCCACCGGUAGCAGCACUUUCCAACAUUUCUCGUCGUCGUCUUCUUCGCUGCAAGAUGCGAGUGAUUUGGCCGAGGCGCAACCCUCGCCUACGAGCCAAGAACGAGGAUUUCUGGACAGGCUGAUGGAUCGAUGGUCCAUUCGACGCCAACAAGACAGAAUUCGAAUUGGAGAAGAACUAUUUCAAGCUGCCACACGACAAGCCAACGAUCCCCGCUGGUACGGUCCCGGUUGUAUCCCUCGUGAUUUUCGAUCUCGUCAUGCCAUGGUCACUAUGCACAUUUGGUUUUUGCACAAACGAUUGGUAGCAUCGACCGGUGGAAUGGAUCCCGAUUGGGCCAUGCUCAUUCAAGACGAACUCUUUCGCAUCUUGUGGAAUGAUACUCUGUGUCGGAUUCGACAACAGGGAGUCUACGAAAUGAGUGUCGAAAAGAAUUUGCAAAAGGUACAAAAGUAUACCUUUUUGCAUCUCUUUCAUUACGAUCAUAUUUAUCAAGAUUUGACCAAGACUAUGAUGCCUGCCGAUGACGAUGAUAAUGACGAUGACACCAGCAAUCUACGAAAUCAAUCACAACCAUCUCUUCCAGAAGAUCGAGAAUAUCAACCCUGGGAUCCCUUGUCGGUCAUUGACCAGUCUGCCGAUUUGACCCAAGUCCAGAAUCGCAUCAAGGAAUUGAAAAAACUCGUUUGGAUGCACCUCAUGGUCCGUGACCCCGAUGCCAAACAAUGCGAUGAUCACUUGGAACGCAUUGCCUGGUACAUUGAAACGCAAUUUCAGAACAUUCUCGUCGAUUGGCCCACGGAAUAUGCCACGGAAGCGCGUGUGGCAUGGGUCGAUUUGCCCGACUUUUCCUACCUCAAGCGCAACGACGGGAAACCCAUGAAACAGAGACGGGUCAAUCCCGACGAUGUCUUGCCCGCACCGUGGUUGACCAAUAUUACACAACGCGGUGAAGCGUACUAUUGGAACCCCAAGACGAAAAAGUCACAGUGGAAACGACCCAUGGAAGGAUGAGAUUUGUUGGACCCAAAGGCAGGAUGCCACAAGAGGUGGUCGCUCCUUCACGCAGUCAAUCAAUCAAUCAAUCAAUCAACAGCUCUGUAGAAAGUAAUGGCUGCUGUAGUCGCAAAGAAUCAUAUACCGUAGUACAUAGAUAACGUGCAAAGGAACUGCGGUUUGUUUGUGCUUUUGUCGUGUGAAUACUGUAGCAUUUACGCGGUCCGUCGAGUAGCUUGUCGCAUAAUAUCCUGACGAUCUGGAACUCUUCCCGGUCACUUGUGUCGGAUUAUGCUGGCAAGUUUUGGAUGGAUUCGAAUGAAUCGAAUCAUCCAUCAGCUGAUGCUUCA